UCCGGCUAUCCGGUAAUGGUAUACAUCCACGGCGGAGAGUUUCAAUUUGGUGGUAAAGAUUUCUAUGGACCACAAUAUCUUCUUGACCACGAUGUCAUUUUGGUCACUAUUAACUAUCGAUUAGGAGUAUUAGGUUUCAUGAGUACCGGUGAUGACUUCUGUCCGGGAAAUUUCGGAAUUCACGACCAAAUAGAGGCACUCAAAUGGAUUUCUUAUAAUAUUCAGGCCUUUGACGGCAAUCCAUACAAUGUGACUGUCUUUGGUCACGAUUCCGGUGCCAUAUCUGUCUCUAUAUUGUUAACCGCCAGCAGAUCGUGGGGUCUCUUUCAUAACGUCAUGAUAUUAAGUGGUUCUGUAUUUACUCCAAAUGCUAUUAAAAUACCGGAUAUUAAAACAUCUAUAGAUUUCAGUCAAGUGUUAAACUGUGACUUAAAGUAUUCAUCAAUUGAUCAAAAUAUUGAACGAAUUUCUCAGCCAUUGGUAGAGUGUUUGCGAUCGAAAUCUAUUGAGGACCUGAUGUUUGCCUCACGAUUACCCGGUCUUUAUCCCAAUGAAUUUCAAUAUACCUUUGGUCCGGUUCUCGAUAAAAAUGUGUCCACAAGUAUUCUACCCGAUUUACCAAUUAGGCUAUUCCUCAGCGGUAACUACUGGAAGACACCAAUGGUGGCCGGAUUAACACUGAAUGAAGGAUCACUAGACUUUUACACUCAUUACGAUAAAAUCAGAGACUGGAGUUUUGACGAAAAGGCUUACUAUUUGUAUAAUAAAUACAAAUACAACGAGUUUUAUGCAAAAGUUUUGACCAAAUCAGUUGAGUGGUACUAUUUUAAGAGAUUCAAUGAUACCAUUUAUACGCCAAAUCCGUAUUACAAUAUCAAUAGAUUUAAUCAAAUUGGAGUACAAAUUAAACCAUAUUUGAAGCAAAAUAAAAACCAGGAGUUGUUUGAAAAAGAAAAACAAGACAUUACACUGAUUGAAUCUAUCGGUGAUUUCAUGUAUGGUUCGGCCAACACUUUAUUACUGGACAUUCAUUCAAAAAAUACUGAACAGACAUAUCUUUAUGUAGUCGAACACAGAGGCCUCAAGACAUUUGGUACACUACAACACAAAGGUUCACAAAAUAUUCACCGCAAUCAAUACGGUGUGUCCCAUAUGGACGAUAUCUUCUAUCUGUUCCCAACCCUAUAUAAUGAUAACAAUACCUCAACAUAUGACGAACCUGUCAUUAGAACUAUGUGUCAAUUUUUUGCACACUUUGCCCGAUUUGGUCGCUUCGGUCAAUACACACCCGUUUUUGGUAUCAAUUGGAUUCAAUAUUCAACAAUAAAUCCUAAUUAUCUAAGAAUUUUGUCAUUGAAUACCCAAAUGUCAAAAGGAUUUAGAAGUGAUUUCUUGAGUUUUUGGAAUUAUUUUAUUCGCGAAGUUUUCGACGAUUUUUAUGCUAAAAAACAAAACGACAGUCAAAUAUCGGCACAAUUUGUUGGAACUGUUCAACUAAGAGGAAUGAUUAAGUUUGGUCACAAUAAGUUUCUUAUCAAUUAA